AUGGCGUUUGGUGUUGCUGCGCAGCACCAUCUCUUCUCCAUUCAUGCAAAUUACUACUCUAACAACCACUCGCCGAUUCACGGGUGUUCGACCAAAUGCGCUAACGGCAAUAGUUCCAUUCGAUUUCGAACGAUCACAAAAUCAUCGGCUAACAAUAGUCCGAGAACCAUACCGGAAAAGCCGAAGCCACCAAUUGAAGGAGACCGGGUCGAUGAUUUGGACGCUGGUCGAAAUUCGUUCUCCUCCGUUAUGCAUCGUAUUGGGGCGGGAAUUAGACUAGAUGGACUUGGUAUGGAAAUUCUCUCGAUUGCACUUCCUGCAGCUGUGGCUCUUGCAGCUGACCCGAUUACUUCACUUGUUGAUACUGGUUUCGUUGGUCAUUCGGGUUCUGCAGAACUGGCUGCAGUUGGUGUAUCGGGUGCUGUUUUUAACCUUGUUUCUAAACUAUUUAAUGUCACUACGUCCUUUGUUGCUGAAGAGCAGGCAUCUGCUUUAAAGGAUGCCGAUGACUGCAGUCGAAGUGCUAUUUUUAUCAAAAGCAAGAUAUUUCUUCCUUCAGUAUCAAAUGAUAUAAUGCUUGCCACUGGCCUUGCCAUCAUAGAAGCUGUGGCGCUCUUCGCAGGAUCAAGCUUUUUAAUGGAUACAUUUGGCGUACUACAGGACUCACCAAUGCGUGCGCCAGCUGAACAGUUUCUCGCUCUAAGGGCGUUUGGUGCUCCACCAAUUGUUGUUGCUCUAGCUGCUCAGGGAACUUUUCGUGGGUUCAAGGAUACAAAGACACCCCCUUUAUAUUCCCUGGGAGCUGGGAAUUUACUCAAUGCACUGCUGGACCUCAUAUUAAUAUUUUACUUUGGUUUUGGCAUUAGUGGUGCUGCCAUUGCUACCGUGACCUGUGAGUACUUGACAGCUCUAAUACUUCUGUGGAAGCUGAGUGACAAAUUGUUGCUUGUUACUCCAAGUAUUAGUGGGCAGAGGGUGGCUAAGUAUCUUAAAUCUGGUGCACUUCUGACUGCCAGAACUAUAGCUGUCCUUUCAAUCACAACCCUAGCCACAUCUAUGGCAGCACGAGAGGGACCCAUACAAAUGGCUGGCUUUCAGAUAUGUUUUGAAGUCUGGUUGGCUUUAUCUUUGCUAAAUGAUGCUUUAGCGCUAGCUGGUCAGGCUCUCCUUGGUAGUGACUACUCCCAAGGGGACUAUAAUCUGGCAUGCCAGGUGACCUAUAAAGUCCUACAGAUUGGUUCAGUAAUGGGAGUCGGUUUGGCUGUAAUUUUGUAUCUUGGAUUUGGUGCACUCUCCAGUCUGUUUAGCACUGACUCGGAAGUUUUGGAGAUUGCCAGAUCUGGAACCUUGUUCGUUGCUGCAAGUCAACCAUUCAAUGCUAUACACUACUUUGGAUUUGCUGCAUAUUCCAUGGUAAUGCUGCAAAUCACUUAAUGGUCACCACUUAUACUUUAAGAGACUAAUUGGAGCCUUGUUUCUUUUUUGCCAUUGAUCUCUGCAGCCUUCAUACUGGUUGCCGCUCCUUCGUAUGGCAUUGCAGGCGUAUGGGGUGGGCUGUUUGUAUUCAUGGCUUUGCGAGUAGCAGCUGGGUUAACCAGGUAA